AUGAACGACCAAUACACGUUUGGUGGCAAGUAUCGACUGGAACAAGAGAUCGCGAAUGGAGGCUGCGGAACCGUCUUCCUUGGUGUCCACACCGUCGCCGGCAAAGAAGUCGCCAUAAAGCUCGAGGCCGCUUCGUCGAACCAGUCCCAUCGAAAUGUUCCGUCCCCGUUGAAGCAGGAGUCCAAGAUAUACAAGUCGCUCAUGGGCGGUCCCGGUGUACCUUGGAUAAUGUGGAGUGGGAGAAAGGGAGACUAUAAUGUUAUGGUCAUUGAUCUACUUGGGCCAUCGCUGGAGGAUCUAUUCAAGAUGUGCAACAGACAUUUUUCGCUGAAAACUGUACUUUUACUUGCUGACCAGCUGAUUUCUCGCAUUGCGUUUAUUCACUCGCGAGACCUUGUUCACCGAGACAUCAAGCCCGCGAACUUUGUAAUGGGGACAGCCAAGUCUGCCCACCUUGUCAAUGUAAUCGACUUCGGUCUAGCCAAAAAGUUUCGCGACCCCCGCACGGGCGCACACAUACCGUACCACCAAGACAGCAUACACGGCGUUGGGACUUCGUUGUUUGCCUCUAUCAAUACGCACAUGGGAAUUGAUUGUUCUCGCCGUGAUGAUUUGGAAUCGCUGUCAUACAUGCUUAUAUAUUUUUUGCGUGGCACACUUCCGUGGCGCAAAAUAAGGUACCAGCCGCCCUUGUCGACGCCUAAACCCUCUCCUCCGUCUCCCCCCAACAUCCCUUCGACGCCUUCAAAGUACUCUAUGGACGGUCCUUCGACGCCCCCGAUCCCUAUGUCCUCUCCCCCCCAAAUUGCACUCUCUCGUUCUGGGUGGCGAUCAUCGUCUCAGUCAAGGACGCGCUCUGAUGACACUCCUGGUAACAAUGGUCUAGUCCUCGACCUCGACUUUGAACCUUGUACACCGUCACCUUCGAAUAUCCCCCGUUCUCCUCCUCACCCCAUUCCACCAACACCACAAAAGUCUCGACCUGUGCCGUCUAUACACCGGCCCAGCCGACCUGUUCACAACCACCCCCUCCCCCCACCAGACACUCCCGCUACCCCUUCGACUCCCAAAAAUCUACCGAUGCAAGCUUCGGCGAAGGAUGCCGUAAACCCCGUUACGGCCACCUGGAACUUAAUUCUUACCGCCAAGUUAUCUGCGGAGGCCACUCUCACGGCUGGCCUACCCGCUGAAUUCGACGUCUUUCAUCGCUACGCGCGUUCGCUGGCUUUUGACGAUUUGCCUGACUAUGAUGGGCUACGUAGGCUGCUCCGUGGGCUUGGCAGACGCAUUGGGGCCUGCUAUGGAGAUGUGCUUGAGGGCGAGGAGGGGGUGGAUGAGAAUGAGAGGCUGAUUGACGGUGACGAUAGUGGACUCCCUGAUAAGGAAGAAUUGCGUGUAUGGGACUUCGACUGGUCGGUGGGAACCGUCGGACGCCAAAGAAGAGGCAGCGUGAAGAGUGGUGACUCCGGAAAAACCAAAGGUGGUCGACAUUGCGAGGCCUGCGAGGCUAGAAGAGCUAGGCGUGCCGCAUCAGAAGGAGAGUUUCUGAGAUGA